UUUUUUUUUCUUAUAAUGUUCCAUAAUUUGAUAAAAAAUCAAAGAUUGAAUAUAUACAUCAAUACUUGCAUUCAACAACAAAAAAGAAUAUCAAUUUCUUUCAAAAAUCAUCUUUUAUGUUCAACUACAACUCGAUUCUUUACAUCGAAGAAGAAGAAGAAGGCAGCCCAAGAUGAUGAAGAUAAUAAUGCUUUUAUUUCCUUUUUAACUUCAAACAAGUCUUGGUUAGAAAAUAAAUUACCUAAUUGGUCCGAAUUGAGAUCUCCAACAACAGAAUAUUUAAAUGUGGAUGUGCUUCAUGCCAAAAUGGCAGAAUUCUAUCCACACUUUCUCACUCAAAUGAAACAGUUACGUGAGGGAUACGAAAAGUUAUGGUGUUAUUUGACAAUGGAGGACUUUAGAAAGAUUGUAGAAGAAAUUAAAACUGAGGAAAAUGAUCCUCUUGUACAUCCCGAAAUUAAAAAAGAUGCCAUUGUUAGAGAAGGUAGUGAACUAUCAAAAGCAGAAGAAAAUUAUAUCAAGGCUCGAAAACGAGUACAAAGGACAGCGUUUGCAAAAUUUAUAGGAGUGGACCCAGAGAGUGUGGAUGAAGAAGAUAUUCCUAUAGUUGGGUUAGCGUCAAGCGGAGGAGGUUAUCGAGCGAUGAUUGGAUUAGUAGGUUAUUUAAAGGCCAUGAAGACAUCCGGGGCUCUUGAUUGCCUCAUGUAUCUUACAGGUAUAUCAGGCUCUUGUUGGGCUAUGUCACUCUAUUAUAAUUCUUUGACAGAGGCAGAACCGGCUCGUAUAGAAAACCAUCUUCAGUCCCAUGUACAAACACAUUGGGCCAACAUGUCUCAUUUUAUUGCUUUACUCACUGCCUCUCCUCAGAAUAGCAAAUUGCUUUUACAGGGUGCUAUUCAGAGAUAUCAUCAACAAAAGGGUGAUCUCAGUUUUGUAGAUCUUUUUGGCGUCCUGAUAGGAGGGAAUAUAUUGACGGAUUGGUCAAGGAUAGUAGAAAGAUAUGAAGCGAAUAAAAAGAAAAAGGAAAAACAAGAUGAGAAAAGGAAUGGUAUGUUGCAUUUAUCGAGUCAAUCAUUUUAUCUAAAAGAGGGUAGACAUCCCAUGCCGAUUUAUUGUGCUGUUCGUCAUGAUAUAACAUCUAACAAGACAUCUGAGGAAGGAGUUGAAAAUUUAAAAUCAGAGAUAGAUGAAAAAGAGCAACAGACAAAUAUAUAUCAAUGGUUUGAAUUUACACCUUAUGAAGUCGGCUGUGAAGAAAUAGAAGCUUGGAUUCCAACCUGGGCUUUUGGACGACCCUUUGAAAAGGGUAGAGAUACGAUUAAAUUACCAGAGCAAACAUUAGAUAUUUUAAUGGGCAUGUUUGGUUCUGCAUUUGCAGCGAGUCUGAUUCAUUAUUAUCAAGAAAUUCGUAAUUAUUUACCUCCAGGCGCAUUUGCAAAAAUAGAUGAAUCAAUUGCACGAUAUGAAGCAACCAUGUCUACUUUUUAUCCUAUUUCACCUUCAUCAUUUCCUAAUCCAUUUUAUAAAAUGAAAGAUAAAAGAAGAGUCUCUCAUGCUAAGAGUAGUGAUAACAGCAACAACAACAUAAUCACACGUCCAAAGGCCAUUAUUGAUUCAAAGGAACUCUAUCUAAUGGAUGCAGGAAUGGAUAAUAACAUCCCUUUUUAUCCAUUAUUACGAGAGGAACGUCAGGUAGAUGUUAUCUUGGCAAUGGAUCUCAGUGCUGAUAUUCAAACUUCGACUCAUUUUGAUCGUGCUGAAAGUUAUAUCAAGAGAAGAGGAAUUGAAGGUUGGCCUAUUGGCAUAGGCUGGCCAGAUGAUGAUAAAAAAAGAAAAAAAGAAGAAGAAAAAUAUGGAUUAGGUACAUGUACCUUAUUUGACUCUGAGACUACUAUUAAAGAAGAAGAAGAAGAAAUGACGUCUUCUUCAGAUAAGAAGAGUACUACUACUACUAAAAAACAGAAUAGUGGACGUUCUCUUAUCGUCGCCUAUUUCCCAUUUAUUGUUAACAAAUCAUUUGAUCCUGAUUUUGAUCCACAAGAAGCGUAUUUUUGUAGUACUUGGAAUUUUGUCUAUCGUCCAGAUCAAUUUAAAAAGGUAAUAGGUUUAGCUGAAGCUAACUGGAAUGAAAAUGUAGACACCAUAAGGCAAGUUCUUAAAAGGACAUGGGAAAGAAAAAGAGAUAAAAGACUUGAAAAAAAGUAGUUUUAUUUAUUGUUAUAAUAAAUAUAUAAAUAUGAAUAAAUAUAUAUAUG